CCAGCCCCAGCCAAAGGGGGCCCCCAGCACCCCAGGAUGGGAGUCACGGCUGGUGCUGGGAUCCACUCCGGGCAGGAUCCCGAGGAUCUGGUCCCCAGUGCCCACAGGUGACAGAUGCGCCUGCUGGGGGCCAUGCGGCUGGUGCGGUUCCGGGGGCCUGGGGGGGCCGAGCCCCGGCUGGGGCUGGAGGAGGCAGCCGGGGGGAACGUGGUGGACCUGAGCGUAGCAGAGCCGGCGCUGCCCCGCUCCAUGCGUGCCUUCCUGGAGAGCGGCCAGAGCGGGCUGGCUGCCGCCCAAAGGUGGGUGCCCCUCGUACCUGCCGGCAUCACCCUUACCACUGCCAGAUCUGGCCCCAGUGCUGAGACCCAUCGGCCCCACAGGGCGCUGGAGUCCAGCCAGCACCGGCUGCCGAGGGAGAGGGUGCGGCUCCUGGCGCCCGUCGGGGACCCAGAGAAGGUGAUCUGCGUGGGGCUCAACUACCGCGACCACUGCCUGGAGCAGAAUGUCAAGAUCCCCAAGGAGCCCAUCAUCUUCAACAAGUUCCCCAGCACCAUCAUCGGACCCUUCGAUGACAUCGUGCACCCAGAGGAGAGCAGCGAGGUGGACUGGGAGGUAGAGCUGGCUGCUGUCAUCGGGAAGAAGGGGCGGCACAUUGAGGAGUCAUCGGCCCUGGACCACGUUGUGGGCUUCACGGUGGCCAACGACGUCAGUGCCCGGGACUGGCAGAUGAGGAACGGGAGGCAGUGGCUGUUGGGGAAAACCUUCGACACCUUCUGUCCCCUGGGGCCGGCCCUUGUCACCAAGGAGGCAGUGGCAGACGUCCACAACCUGAGGAUCCGCUGCAGCGUCAAUGGGCAGCUGAUGCAGGACAGCAGCACCAGCCAGCUCAUCUUCCGCCUCCCCAAACUCAUCGCCUGGGUCUCCCGGUUUGUCACGCUGGUCCCCGGGGACAUCUUGCUGACGGGAACCCCUCCUGGUGUGGGGGCUUUUCAGAAGCCACCCGUGUUUCUUAAGAGAGGAGACGAGGUGCAGUGCGAGAUCGAGGAGCUGGGCACCAUCUGCAACAAGGUGGUGUGAAGAGGGAGACGCCAAAUCUCACCCCGAGUUGGCUGCCUUGCCCCCCUCCCUCUGUGGCAUUCAAUAAAUCC